AUGUCGUCGACAUAUUCAUCCCUCUUUGGGGCCUUGCACAUGCAAUCCGAUUCAGCAGAUUACGACUUGGGUAAGCUGGACGGCCUCGAAGGUUUGCCGCUCGAAAUCAUUUUCGACAUCUACCACCAACUCGAUGUGCAAAGCAUCUUUUCUUUGGCCCAGGUUAACACCCUUUUCCAUGGGCUUUUGAAGAGGAACAAGGCCGCCAUCCUGCUACCAGUCCUUCAACGAGAGUUCAGUCCGUUUCCCGAACUGCUUCAAGUCUUUACAGCAUCGGACCAGGACAUGCUGCAGUAUGGGGAUACUUUCCAGCCACGAAGGGUUGUUUUCAGGCGAUUUCCGGGCGACAUGACGGGCGUCACCUUGUCCCGAGGUGGCGUACAGCACAGCCAAAGUAUGCUUCUCGAGGACGCAGCGCUCACCAAGACUUUCAACGGCGGAAGUCCUGCAAGGACAACCCCCUUGCCUUCGCCACGCUCAGUUACCCUUGUCGAUCGAGACUUGAGCCGUCUGCUGAAAUACUGCCUGGUUGCACGACGAUGGGAAGAACUGUUUCCUCAACUUCACUGGUUCACGGCGCCUGAAGAUUGUCGACAACUCAGCGAAGCAGAAAAAUACAAACUUCGCCGUGCUCUCUAUCGUUGGUGGCUUUAUGCCUUUUACUUCCACGGCGAGCUUCCCCGGCCUCGGAGUGGCCAGCCAGAACCGUUCGUCAACGAUGUUCGGACCAGCCAUAUGAGACUGUAUUCGACAUGCGAGUUGAUGGAGAUGAGGGAUCUGUUCAUGUCAAUGAAAAACCUUGUUCGGCAUUACAUUUACCCAAACCUGGAGCAGAAUCUCGAACCGAUCGACGAGAGCAGCCCGCUUGAAACGAUGAUCGAGACUAGCAUCCGUGAGCGCAUUGUGGACACAUAUGCCAAGCUCGAUCCUAGAGACCUUAUGUUUUACUUUGAGAAUUUGUUCAACUAUCCUCGAAAGCGACUGGUGACGGAUGUGAACCUCAAGCAUCCCGCUUUCUCUCAGGAUCAAGAAUCCCUCGUAGCAGCGGUCCAGGCGGCUGCGGAUGAGCGACCAUGGCUGUAUGAGAUUGCCGAUUUGAGCAGUACUGGGGGUAUCGUGAACUCUGAAGACGAUGUUGACGGGCGCCUCAGUCGUGACGGCAGCCAUGAUGGCUCGAUCCCACCUCCAGGUGCUUUUCGGCGGCCAAGAGGAAACUGGGCUCCUCCCGGGGACGACGGCCGAGCCCUUACGGAGCGAAGUCACUCCCAUGGCUGGCGAGGCUCUUGA